CGAACAAGUCGUCCACGCGGCCGUCGGUUCCCGAUCCGGAGGGGCCCCCACCCAGCAAGGAGGAGCUGCUGGCGGCGGCGGACGAGCUUUGGUCGUACAUGAAGUCUGCCGGGAUGAAGCCGGACCAGGGCACGUACCUGGCGCUGGCCCGCAGGGAGGCGCUGUUGGGGAACCCUCAGGCCGCGCUGCAGCUGACACAGGAGUGCAUCCAGGAUGGCAAGCUGGCGCAGCUCCGAAUGUUUCACCCCGCACAGGUUGGCUACUGCCUAUCCGGUGAUGUGGCUCAACUGCACCACAUUGACUCCAUCAUCGCCUCCCACCGUCUGGACAACACCGAGUACGAGUUUGCGAGACUGCUGGAGGGCAUUGCUGCGGCGGGCACGUAUGAGCAGAUGAAAGCCGUGUUGGUGCGCAUGCAGUCCGACAUGAACCAGAUGUCCCCGGAGACCGCCGGACAUAUCACCUCGUUUUUUGAGAAGAACGCCGCAGCACAGCAGGCCUUUGCGCCUGCAGACCAGGGCGGCUGCCGUGGACUGGUCCGGCACAUAACUGACGCUGGUGGGGACAGCGGUGGCGAGUGGCGGUGGCGGGUGGUUCAGAACGCUGAGGUGGCCGAGGAUGGCCGGUGUGAGGCGGCCGGCGGGACGGUCAAGGUGAUCGACUUGGAGGAUGAAGAAUGGGACGCCUUUGCAAAAGCUAUAGCGGAGCUGGCGCGCAAAAAUAUGGGCAGCCGCGCGGGCGACUUUGACGCGUACACCCAGUGGUACGAACGCAACGGGCCGUACGACAUUAUGGUCGACGCUGCCAACGUUGCUUUUUUUGGCCAGAACCGCGAGGGCGGAGGCUUCAACUGGCGGCAGGUGCAGCACAUGUACGAAAUGCUACGUCAGCGAUUUCCCAACAAGAAGAUUUUAGUGAUGGUGCAUCGAAAGCGUGUCAGCGACGCGGAGUCGCGUGCCCCGGGCGUACAGGAGUUCAUUGAGAGGCUGCGCCGCGCUCGGAGCUUCUACCAUACGCCGCCGGGUGCAAAUGAUGACUGGUUCUGGAUGUACGCUUCCGUGCGCGCCAAGCACAACGGCUUGCUGAUCUCCAACGAUGAGCUCCGAGACCACAUUUUUAGCUUGCUGCGUCCCAGGCACUUCCUCAAGUGGAAGGAGCGCCACAUUGCGCACUACCGCCUGUCGUCCAACAACCCCGGAUACCUGUCGACCCAGCUAGAGGAGAGCGGCGCCUGGGUGCUGCCUGUUAACGACGGCACGUGGCGAUGUGUGGUUCCAGAGCGGGCUUAG